UCCAAUGUUUGUCACUGAAACUUCCGGUGUGUCAAAAGCCGAUUGGGAGAAUAGAAAUUGGUGAAAAAUGAUCUCUCACUUUAAAAAUAAAACUUUAGGCCUACUCAUCAUGGCCCAGUAACUGUUACAAAGUCAAUUUUCAAGAUAAAAAUGCAUUGCUAUGGUUUGAGUCUUUUCAUAGCAUUUGGUUGGACUUUUGAAGAGCCCUCAGCGUUUUUCUAAACCCAUUUUAGACUAAUUUGUUCAUAUUCUGUUCUUACCACUCGGGGCCCAGGCCAACCCUACGACUACGGCUACGGCACGAUCAGAGAUAUAGAUGGACAAUAUAAGUCCAGAAGAACUUAUUCGCCGCACCCACAUGGGAAUAGCCAGACUACGUGAAAGUCAACGGCAGUUGGUGCAAGAUAUUCAAGAAAGAUAUAAUGAAUUAGGCAUGGCUGUUGAUCAACUCAGGUCUUACUUCAACUCUGAUAGUGGAGAAGACCAGAAUUCUCCUGCUGAUGACAAAAACUGUAGAGAAUCAAAACGCAAACGGAGACAAAGUUGUGCUUUACAUCUAAAUGACAUUGCGAGGCCUUUGUCUUCGGAUGUUGUGUCAUUUCUUCAAGACAGACAAUAUGGGUUUCGUGGAAGAAGCAGGUACUCCCAAAGUCGAAGUCAGUUUUUGAGAAAGCAGCUCCCAGAUUUUGUCUCACAGCAUCUACCUGCAAUUCUUUCUGAAAAAGAAUUGGUUCUUGGAACCAUGAACAAAGUGUUUGCUUCAAAGUGGUUGAAUGAUUCACAAGUUGUGUUAGGAACCAAGUGCAACAAGUUGAUGGUGAUGGAUGUGCGUAACAACGAUUUAGUUCACAUCCCUUCUCUACGUAGCAGUGAGGACAGUGUUCCUGCAGACUGCCCCUGUGGCAUACACGCUAUUGCAAUCAACCCAUCUCGCACACUUCUGGCCACUGGGGCUCAAAACACCAAUGACCUGGCUGUGUAUGAGCUGCCUACUUUUGAUGCCUUAUGUGUUGGAGAGGAUGCACAUAAAGACUGGAUUUUUGACAUGGACUGGGUUGAUGAUGAACAUAUAGUAACAGGUUCUAGAGAUAGUACAGUGGCUCUAUGGCGAGUCAACAACCAGAGUCCCUCACUGGUAGGAGCUUCUAGGUCUGUUGGACACUCUGUGAUAAAGCCAUGCCAAGUGAAACCCUGCAAUCGGGCUUUGAGGGUGAGAGCAUUGGCUCUCAGCAGAAAUACACGGUUGAUGGGCGUGCUAUCAAUGGAUGCUAAAUUUCAUUUUUGGGACCUUGGAAGAUUUCAACAGCUUGAGACGUUGGAUCUUCCUUGGAGACGAGAAAAUGUGUGUGUGGCCAGUUCAGAUGAGCUUGGUGUGUUUGCAGUGGGUUCUGAGGCCUACGUCACAUUGGUGGACCAUAGACUGAAACCCAGUGCCAAGUGCCGAAGCUUGCAAAUCCCACCAAGGUUCAGAGAACGAGGUGCAGAGAGAGGUAUUCGUUCUCUGAGCUUCAAUGAAAAUAUCAUCACCAUUGGCACUGGUGAUGGAAGGCUCCUUUUCUUCGACAUGAAGAACAACAAGUUCCUGUUACAGAUGGACGGGAAGCACUGUGAAUUGCAAGUAGGGGAAGGUUGGCUGAGAAACGACUCCAACUACAGGGAUCAUUUCCUGCACGGCUACUAUCCCAAUGCGAUCUAUACACAUUGCUACGACGAGGCGCGGGCUCGCAUUUUUGCUGCUGGGGGCCCCCUUCCUGCUGGCUUGUACGGCAACUAUGCAGGACUGUUUUACUGAGCUCCUUCUGUCUCAUUCACCACCAUGCUCAGAGCAUGAUUGUAACUACAUGGACCUUUUGCUUUUUUGUGCCAGAAUUGCAAAUAGUGUCAUGGAGCACUUUUCCUAAAAAAUAUAAGUGUGCAGCCUCCCUUACUUUAGGUGGCAGUAGCACCCUCAGGAAGAGGAGAAAUUUUAAUUGCUCCUCUGCUUCUGCUUUCUCUCACUGGUGGUAGGCAAAGAUUUUACUUCAUACUCUACGUGAGUUGUCCUCAUUGCUUUCUGCUGCUCUACAUGAGGGGGUGACCCAAAAGACAGUUUUUAUAGCUCACUGUUAUGAUGAGAUGGUACACUGGUUAAAUAUUUGUUUCUGAUAAUUGAUGGUGGAUUGAUAGCUGUGCUUCAGUGUAAGGAAAUGACAACAUCUUCCCUUCAGUGUAGAAGGACAAAGUGAGUUGGUUUUUUCAGAACAUAAAGGAGAAGUAACAGUAAAGGAGAAGUGACAGUAAUUUGUAUUGAGUUAUUUCUGACAAUAUUGUACCAUUGCUGGUUGCCUCUGUGUUGCACCUUAUUUUUGAGGGAGGGAUUUGAACUUGUCUUGCUUGAGGACACUCCCCAGUGAACAUUCAUAGAACAAUUGUGUGAAUGUUGAGUGUUUCUCUUUAUGAACCUGUGUAGACAAACCACACGGCCUCUGCUGAAGUUCCCAAUCCUGUAUUAAUAUUAGGGAAUGUAAUAGAUCUUUUUUUUCUCUCUUGUCUUUGAAACAAAGUGGAGCACUCACCAUUUUUGAUGUACAGAUGUUGUUAAUAAUUCUCUAUUAGCUCAUGUCACUAAGGAAAUCACUUUUUUGCUAAGAUGUGUAAAUUAAAUGUGAAGUAUGUUUGUCCAUUUGUGUGCAUCAAGUUAGAGAAGACUAAAUUAAUUAUUUAUAUUUUUACCAUGCCUUUGUGAUGAAAGGAAGAUGACCAAGCCCUUAACCCGUAUAGUUAAUCACUUAGGUUAUCCAUUCACAGUAAAUAAACCACCUGUUUACUUUGUAUUCCUCGGAACAUAUUAAUACUUAUGAAUAAGUUGUGUUCUAUUAUUUAAAGUCCAACAAGAGAGAAAAUGUGAGGGCAUGACCUAUUUGAUGUGGUUGAUGCCUUAGUUCCCUUUGCUCUGCUUUGUGAGCUGCCCUCAGUUAACCCUCAGUUUUAUUUCCAGUGUGGACUGGAGGAAAUGUGAAAGCAUGUUUUUUUUUUUUUCAACAAACUUGCUGUUUGUGAGGUAUUUUCCUGUUAAGAUUGCUAACUAUUUACACAGAGAUUUUUUUUGAAGGCCUGAAGAAACAGGAUGACAUCCCCUGUCAUAUCCAUAUUUAUGUACUCUCACAAGAUAUUUUUGACAUGUAAUUAUUUAAUCUUAUACAUCACAUUUAGAAAUGACAAAAUGCGGUGGCAAAGCUUUGAAGUAGGAGGCUAGAAAUGCUGAUGGUGCAGGAUUUAUCUUUUCAUAAUAUUCAUUACAAAGAUAAUGAAAUUUUCUCUUGAUUUUAGUGAUGUCUCAGAAUGACUUUCAGCCCAGUCCGACAGGUCUUUUCAGAGCCAUUCACCGGGCUUUCGUGGCCUAGAGGUACGGUAUUUGCCUCUCAUUUCAUAGGUCCCGAGUUUGAAGCCUGACAGAGACGCAUCAUUUUUUUUCUCUAAAAUUGUCUCCUUUCACCCCCUUUCCUGCUUUCAAACCAUAGUCUGUCACUUUUUUUGUCUCCACAUUCUGUCCCCCCUCCUCUGGGCUCUUGACUCUUUUUGCAGCCUUUCAACCGCUACUCCUUGGGCCCUUCUUUCUGCUGUCU